AUCGGACCCAUGGAAGAAGUCUUGGCCUUCGGCUUCGGGUUAUGGUUCGAUCGCAAAUUGCAAACUGAGUGAAGUUUUUGAGUUCGAUUAGUUCAUCCACUCGGCUUCCCCAAUAUUACUAGACGAAAAAUAUCCCCACAGAAAUUAACCCAAAGGGGGAAAAAAUUCCCUUGCGUUUUUUUUCCACCUUCGUCCCUUCUGCAAGCCUCUUCUCCUUACUCUAUCGUGGAUUUCAAGAAAUGGGAACACCUAACUUGUUUGAUUGAUGUCUUGAAUCGUUCCUGUCUUAUGGUCUCUGUUAGAUCGUUUCUGCUCGAGCUAUAGACGAUAGAGGAGUGUUCCCGUCUUGUUUUGGGGAUUCUGGAUUUCCAAGUUUUGGAAUUUAAGAGGGUAAGAUCUGGCAAUGGCUAGAAGUAGUAGAUCAUUGCUUCACAAAUUUAGGUAUUGCCACCCCUUGUAUUACCUCAAGAGACCAAAGCGUCUAGCUUUGCUCUUCAUUGUCUUUGUUUGUGCCUCUCUGGUUGUCUGGGAUCGUCAAACUUUAGUCAGAGAACACGAGGAUGAAGUUCACAAAUUACGGGAGGAAGUGGCUCAUUUGCAGAAUCUGAUGGAAGAGUUAAGUAAUGCCCAAGGUGGCACAAUCAAGGACAUUGAUCCUAGGAGGGAAACUAUUUUGUCAAAUAAAGGGGCACAAGAUGAUCCUAUUGACGUUCAGAGAAGGGAAAAAGUAAAAGAAGCUAUGCUUCAUGCUUGGAGAUCAUAUGAAACAUAUGCGUGGGGCCAAGAUGAACUUCAGCCCCAGUCAAAGAAUGGUGUUGAUAGCUUUGGUGGUCUUGGAGCAACCUUAGUUGAUUCUCUUGACACAUUGUAUAUUAUGGGUCUCACUGAGCAGUUUCAGAAAGCAAGAGAAUGGGUUGCAAACUCGCUGGAUUUUAACAAAGAUUAUGAGGCUAGCGUUUUUGAGACAACUAUAAGAGUGGUAGGUGGACUCCUCAGUGCAUAUGAUCUUUCCGGAGACAAAAUUUUCCUUGACAAGGCUAGAGACAUCGCAGACAGAUUGCUGCCUGCAUGGGAUACACCUACAGGAAUUCCUUAUAACAUAAUAAAUUUGGCACGUGGAAAUCCACACAAUCCUAGUUGGACUGGGGGUGAGAGUAUUUUGGCGGAUUCUGGCACUGAACAACUGGAAUUUAUUGUUCUUUCCCAAAGGACUGGUGAUCCAAAGUAUCAGCAGAAGGCAGAGAAUGUUAUUACGCAUAUUAAUAAAACAUUUCCUGAUGAUGGAUUGCUUCCUAUCUACAUUGAUCCUCAUAGUGGAAGAACAGCCUACUCGCCCAUCACUUUUGGGGCCAUGGGUGACAGCUUUUAUGAAUACUUGCUCAAAGUUUGGAUCCAGGGGAAUAAAACUCCAGCUGUAAAACUGUAUAGAGAUAUGUGGGAGAAAUCAAUGAAAGGUCUUGUGAGUUUGGUUAGGAGGUCAACACCAUCUUCUUUUGCUUAUAUAUGUGAGAAGAAUGGAGGGUCUCUUACAGACAAGAUGGAUGAACUAGCAUGCUUUGCACCUGGAAUGGUUGCAUUAGGGUCUUCUGGUUAUGGUCCUGAAGAUUCGAAGAGGUUUCUGUCACUUGCAGAAGAGCUUGCUUGGACAUGCUAUAACUUCUACCAAUCAACUCCCACUAAAUUGGCUGGAGAGAACUAUUUUUUUCAUGAAGGCCAGGACAUGGGUGUGGGUACGUCAUGGAACAUUCUAAGACCAGAGACAGUCGAGUCGCUCUUCUAUAUGUGGCGUCUAACAGGCAAUAAGACCUACCAAGAAUGGGGUUGGAAUAUUUUCCAAGCUUUCGAGAAGAACUCGCGCAUAGAGACCGGAUAUGUUGGACUGAAGGAUGUUAAUACCGGUGUCAAGGACAAUAAGAUGCAGACCUUCUUCCUAGCUGAGACUUUGAAAUAUCUCUAUCUUCUUUUUUCACCCCCAUCAGUUAUCUCAUUGGAUGAAUGGGUAUUCAACACUGAAGCACACCCUCUGAGGAUUACACCUCGGCUCGAUGGAGGUAAAUUAGGGAACCUGAAUGAGAAACAAAAAUCAAAAUUUAGAAUAGGUGGCCGGAAGGAAGGACGGUCGGGUUAGAGAUACGUUCUACAUUACCGUACGGGGUUGAGCUUGAACCUCCAUCUUUAUCAAGGUUCAGGGGUGAGAGCCAAUUUGUUCCAUUGUAGAGAUUGUAAGACGUUGGCAAAUCCCCAUGGCAGAUUAUAGCGGACAUGGCGGAAACUUUCCAUUUCUGGGAAGCCAUUGUAUUUUGAUUGUAAGUUGGGGGAUCAUUCUGCUGCAGAUUGGUAUGUGACACAGGAAACAGGUCUGCUUUGUAGUUCUUACAAACAAGGUUUAUUCAGAACGACGUGAUCUUUGUUGAUGAAUGGCCUUUCUUAAAAACUUAAGGGGCUGUGCCCUUUUGAUUCUAAUGAUUAUUUUUUCUGAGAAUUAAAUUUGGAAGGUUAGUUAUACAAUGUAUGAAAUUGAGGCAUAUAUUAUGCGCCUUCAA